UUUGCAUGUCGGCUGGUGAGAGGGGAGAGUCGAGGGGGCAGCAGGAGGCAGCCCGGGCCCAGCACGCUCCGGGUCCACGCCCAGGCUGGGGCGGGCCAGGCUGGCUUGUGAGCUCCCAUUCGUGUCGUGGUCGUGAAUUCAACCGGGUCCAGGAUGACGAUCCGACACCAAGGCCAGCAGUACAGGCCGAGGAUGGCUUUCCUCCAAAAGAUUGAGGCGCUUGUGAAGGACAUGCAGAAUCCAGAGACGGGAGUCAGGAUGCAGAACCAGAGGGUCCUGGUCACCAGUGUCCCUCAUGCCAUGACAGGAGGUGAUGUACUGCAAUGGAUUAUCCAACGUCUUUGGAUCUCUAAUCUGGAGGCACAGAACUUGGGCAACUUUAUUGUCAAGUAUGGCUACAUUUAUCCCUUGCAAGACCCCAAGAAUCUCAUCCUCAAGCCUGAUGGCAGUCUCUACAGGUUUCAGACACCAUAUUUCUGGCCCACACAGCAAUGGCCAGCUGAAGACACCGACUAUGCCAUCUAUCUAGCCAAGAGAAAUAUCAAGAAGAAAGGGAUUUUAGAAGAAUAUGAAAAGGAAAAUUAUGAUUUCUUGAACAAAAAAAUUAACUAUAAGUGGGAUUUUGUCAUUAUGCAGGCCAAAGAGCAGUUCCGGACUGGAAAGGAAAGGAACAAGGCCGACAGGUAUGCGCUGGAUUGCCAGGAGAAGGCGUAUUGGCUGGUGCACCGAAGUCCUCCGGGAAUGAACAACGUGCUGGACUAUGGCCUGGACCGUGUGACCAAUCCAAACGAAGUUAAGAAACAAACAAUCACUGCUGUCAGAAAAGAGAUCAUGUAUUACCAACAAGCCUUAAUGAGGUCCACAGUGAAGUCUUCAGUGUCCCUUGGAGGGAUUGUUAAGUACAGUGAGCAGUUCUCAUCCAACGAUGCCAUCAUGUCAGGCUGUCUCCCCAGCAAUCCUUGGAUAACAGAUGAUACCCAGUUCUGGGAUUUAAAUGCCAAAUUGGUGGAAAUCCCAACCAAGAUGCGGGUGGAACGAUGGGCCUUCAACUUCAGUGAACUGAUUCGAGACCCCAAGGGUCGACAGAGCUUCCAGUACUUUCUCAAGAAAGAAUUCAGUGGGGAAAACCUGGGAUUCUGGGAAGCCUGUGAAGACCUGAAGUAUGGGGAUCAGUCCAAGGUCAAGGAGAAAGCAGAGGAGAUUUACAAGCUGUUCCUGGCACCAGGCGCGAGGCGGUGGAUCAACAUAGAUGGCAAAACCAUGGAUAUCACAGUAAAGGGGCUGAGACACCCCCACCGCUAUGUGCUGGACGCAGCACAGACACACAUUUACAUGCUCAUGAAGAAGGACUCUUAUGCUCGCUAUUUAAAAUCUCCAAUCUAUAAAGAAAUGCUGGCCAAAGCUAUUGAGCCACAGGAAACCACCAAGAGAAGCUCUACCCUCCCGUUUAUGCGGCGUCACCUGCGUUCUAGCCCGAGCCCCGUUGUCUUGAGGCAGCUUGAAGAAGAAGCCAAAGCUCGUGAAGCUGCCAACACGGUGGACAUCACCCAGCCAGGCCAGCACUUGGCUCCCAGCCCUCACCUGGCUGUGUACACCGGGACCUGUGUGCCUCCAUCUCCCUCCAGUCCCUUUUCUCCAUCCUGUCGCUCCCCGAGGAGGCCCUUCCCCUCACCAAGUCGCUUCAUCAGGCGGCCCAGCAUUGCUAUCUGCCCCUCUCCCAUCCGAAUGGCCUUGGAGAGUUCCUCUGGCCUGGAGCCCAAGGGGGAAACCAGCUGGUCUGGAGCCCAUUGUGGCCUCCCCACUGAAAGCUGCGAGGCCUCUGUGGAGCACCCCAGGCCGUGCAACCAGCCCAGGGCCCCUCCCAAGGCCAGGGCAGCCCUGUCCCUCGGCAGGUUUCUGAGACGAGGCUGCUUGGCUUCUCCGGUUUUUGCCAGGCUCUCACCCAAAUGCCCCGCUGUGUCACACGGGAAGGUGCAACCUCUGGGGGAUGUGGGCCAGCAGCUGCCCCGGCUGAAACCCAAGAAAGUAGCAAAUUUUUUCCAGAUCAAAAUGGAUAUGCCUACCGACAGUGGGCCCUGCCUGAUGGAUUCCGAUGACACAGGGGCAGGAGAGUCUGGAGACCAGACCACAGAAAAGGAGGUCAUCUGCCCCUGGGAGAGCCUGGCCGAGGGGAAGGCAGGCUGAGCAGAGCCCUGGGCCAAGAAGACGGUCCUGGCAGGGAUCUUCAGAUGGGGGCCCUGGGGCACACUUGCUUUCAAACCUAAGUGCAUUAGGGUGAUAUUGAAGGUCUAUAGGAGAGCAGAUGGGGUGGGGCGUGGGGAAGCGUGCUCUGGCUGACUCCCAAUGGCCACCCCUUCCCCCUUCCCUUCCCUUUCCCUUGCUUGGCCAGAAAGGCAUGUGGGCCAGAAGACAUCCCUUGCUGCCUUAAAAAUCAAUAAAAGGGUCAUGGA